AACAUAGAUUAGAAAUAACUACGCAUGUGUACGAGCUGUCAUCUAAACAACACUUGCAUGGCUCACUUCUUUUCGACGUGCAGAAAUUCAGCAAUUCCACUGCCAUUUGUCACGCAGGCUUAUUGAUACAAGACUUGCGAUCUGACAUUGGUAUCAUUCCCGACCUUGCUGAGGUGGCUAUAUAAGGAAACUCCACCUGCGGUUGACCUUACGGCAAGAUAGGAAUACAUCCGGUCGUCUAUCCUUCACGUUUCUUUUCAACGCUGAUGGCAGACAAUGUCUGUGGCGGGUCAACCCCGCUGAAGGCGCUUGCGGAGCAAGGUGCUCGUGAUCGAAGCCUGCAACAAGAUCGCGCGCGUCGCGCUGUUCCUAACCCCUCCGACUUCCGAUCCAACCAGCUAGGCAUGUCGCAGGACCCAAGUCAGUCGUACAGCACAUACCUCGGCAACCCCAAUCAACAACUUCCAACGCCGUAUACAACAGAAUAUAGCGGACAUCACAUUUCAGUGCAGCCUAAUGCCUUCGGAGCACGGCCUCAAGAAAUUUCUCACUCGUUCCAGCCUCCUCAAACAACCAACUGGGCGCAGGACUUUGACAACUUCAGGCGGGAAAUGAUUGUUCCUUCUCAGAGUGGCAUGGCACCACCUCCUUCGAUUCAACAUAUUCAACAUCACCAGCAUGGGCAAAACUUUUCUCCUGUGCUAUCAGACCAGGCGAUGAUCGCUCGACAGACACCACUCUCGAUGUCUGGGAUGAUGCCCUUGAGUGUUUAUAGCAACCAACAUACCCCUUUGGAAAACCCUUUGGAAAAAGGUCGAGAUACCGAGUUCGACACGGCAAUGCGACACUGGGUGACUUCAAAUGGUGACCUUGGUGCUGGGGUUGAGCAACAAGUCGACGCAGUGAUGGACAAGCUCGCACGUGAGCUGGAAGAUAUCGAACGCGCAGAAGUUGAGAGGCAGACACAUGCCCAGCAACGAUCAGCAACUGGUCAAGAUGAUUUGCUUGUCGGAAUAUCACACCGCGAUGCACUGGCAAACCCUGCCACUGCUGGCAGUUUGGGGCCCGAAGUUGACAUUGCCAGCCUCCACGUAACGGAUAACACGCAGAAUAUGAACUCGAUGGAAGAGGUCAACCACCACGACCGGGCUGCUGAAACGCCCGAUGCCUUACCAAUCAGGUCCGAUGUCUCGGAAGCUGCACGGCAGCUACUACAGACUGUCCAGCAUGAACAAGGUGACAAGUGGAAGCAAUCGCAGUUUCUACUGCUGAUGAAGGACUUCCGCGAUGGACAGAAGGACAUCGUCGAUAAUGAGAUUCGGCAGGCAAAUACAUUGAAAUGAUUCCCGGUCCAUGACCGUAAUUAGGCCC